AUUCUACUCUUCUUUCAUUUUCCUUCUCUUUCUCUCUCAUUUUAUUUUCCCGGAAAAACAAAGACAAGAACAAAAUCCCUCUGUAUCACUACAGAAGCAAACCGAACCCAGUUCCCAAAAUGUACCUUCUAUCGCUUUCUCACUCCAGAAAUCCCCAAAGAAACCAAGUUUAGAGAGAUUCAUUCAGUUCGCCGCCGCCGCCGGCCAGAUUUCCGACAUGGCCGAUAAGCCUAUUUUCGCAAUCUUCUUCUUGUUGAUUUUCUUGGAUUUUGGUUCUGUGAAUUCCGAUCAAUCGGAUCUGGACACCGACUGUACCGAUCGGUGGAUCCACAUCAGGAACCUGCCCACCGAAUUCAAUCUGGACCUGCUGGCCAACUGCUCCGAGUACCCGGUGUUCGACGACUUCUGCCCGUACAUCGCCAACCACGGCCUCGGGCAGAAGACCCACAACCGGACCCACAGCUGGUACCGCACCGACCCGGCCAUGCUGGAGCUCAUCUUCCAUCGCCGCAUGCUCGAGUACCCGUGCCUCACCGCCGAUCCCGCAGCCGCCUCCGCCGUCUUCCUUCCCUACUACGGCGGCCUGGACUCCCUCCGCUACCUCUACGGCCCCGACGCCAACUCCAGCUUCGAGCACGGCCUGCACCUCUUCCAGUUCCUCAAGCACCACGACAAGCCCCGUAUCUGGGACCGCCGCCACGGCCACGACCAUUUCCUCGUCCUGGCCCGACCCGCCUGGGACUUCAGCCAGCCGGUCGAUACGGAUCCGCCCAUUUGGGGCACUUCGUUCCUCGAAUUACCCGAGUUCUACAACGUCACCGUUUUGACGCUCGAGUCCCGGGCCUGGCCAUGGCAGGAGCAAGCGGUCCCUUAUCCGACGUCAUUCCACCCGCACAACAUGGCGCUGCUCGAGUCCUGGAUGCGCCGGGUCCGCCGCUCGCCGCGGAGCACGUUCAUGCUCUUCGCCGGCGGCGGCGGGACCUCGGCGGGGCUCAACGUCCGGCGGAGCAUCCGGGUGGAAUGCGAAAACAGUGCCAAUUUGAGCGCCGCCAAUAGUGGGUACUCGAAGUGGUGCGAAAUUGUGGACUGUUCGAAAGGAGUUUGCGAGCACGAUCCGAUUCGGUUCAUGCGGCCGAUGUUGCAGGCUAGCUUCUGCCUGCAGCCGCCUGGGGACACGCCGACGAGGCGGUCGACUUUCGACGCCAUCCUUGCCGGCUGCAUCCCGGUGUUCUUCGAGGACCAGUCGGCGAAGACCCAGUACGGCUGGCACUUGCCGGAGCAACAGUACAGUGAGUUUUCAGUGUCAAUACCAAAAGAGAAAGUGGUUUUCCAGGGGCUGAAGAUUAUGGAUACAUUGAUGGCUAUACCGAGAGAUGAAGUUGGGAGAAUGAGGGAGAAGAUUCUGGAGUUGAUGCCGGGAGUUUUGUACAGAAAACAUGGAAGUUCGCUGGGUUUGAGGACCAAGAAAGAUGCGUUUGAUAUUGCAGUGGAAGGCACUUUGGAGAAGAUCAAAUCUAGAUUGAGACAACUCUCUCUUCAAUGACCCUAAACCCUGUAACUUCCAGUGUUUAUUGUUGUGUUCUUUACUACUCUUUGUUCCUUUCCCCCUUUUAUUGAUCACAAAUGUUGUAGAGAGAAAAAGAAGAAUAGAUUUUUGUACCUACAUUUACAUUGUUUAAGUGUAUCUUUUCAUAAUCAAGUGCAGGUGGAUAACAUAA